AUGGACAUAAGCCGUGGAUAUGUCGAUGAGCACGGCCGUGCUCGCCGAGUGGGUGGGAAGGAUUUGACAGCGACGGCUGUUUACCCUGGUACUUUGGCAUUGAAGGUCGCUGAUCUACUGGAUGAACAUUUCAAGACCCUGAAGCCAACACCUGUUGUCAACGAGCUGGAUAUGGAGCUUAUGGACAGCAGUGAUACUUCAAGCUCCGAUUCUGGCCUCGAGGACCUGGUCGGCCCACAGUGA